AUGAGUCCUUCAAACUUAAACUUACAACCUGCACGUUUUGCAGUUAUUAUUGUACUAUCCUUUAUGAAAAGUAAUAAACAUGGUACAGGUAUAUUGAAAGCAGGUUUUGCAGGUGAUCAAGUACCAAAGUACCGAUUUCCAAAUUAUAUUGGCCGUCCCAAACAUGUUAGAGUUAUGGCGGGUGCUCUUGAAGGUGAUGAUUUUAUUGGUCCUAAAGCAGAGGAACAUCGUGGUUUAUUAAGCAUACGAUAUCCUAUUGAACAUGGUAUUAUUCGUGACUGGAAUGAUAUGGAACGUAUUUGGGCUUAUAUAUAUGGCAAAGAUCAAUUGAUGGUCAAUAGUGAAGAACAUCCAGUUUUAUUGACAGAAGCUCCACAUAAUCCAAAAAGAAAUAGAGAAAAAAUGGCAGAAAUAUUCUUUGAAACUUUUAGUGUACCUGCGCUUUAUAUUUCAAUGCAAGCUGUAUUAAGUUUAUAUUCCACUGGACGAACUACAGGUGUUGUAUUAGAUUCAGGUGAUGGUGUAACUCAUGCUGUACCUAUUUAUGAAGGUUAUGCUCUUCCGCAUGCUAUUGAACGUACAGAUUUAGCUGGUCGAGAUGUAACACGUUUUUUACGUUUAUUAUUACGUAAAGAAGGUGCUGACUUUCAUACAACAUCAGAAUUUGAAAUUGUUCGCCAAAUAAAGGAACGUGCAUGUUUUAUUAGUUUAAAUCCAAGUAAAGUUGAAGCAAUGGAAGCAUUAGCUUCAUAUCCAUUACCAGAUGGUUCUACAUUAGAAAUUGGUCCAGCACGUUUUCGUGCACCAGAAUUAUUAUUUCGACCAGAUUUAAUGGGUCAAGAAUAUUUUGGUAUUCAUCAAGUAUUAGCUUAUGCCAUUCAAAAAUCCGAUAUGGAUUUAAGACGUAUGUUAUAUGAAAAUAUUGUACUGUCAGGCGGUUCGACACUUUUCAAAGGUUUUGGUGAUCGUCUUGUUUUAGAAUUAAAACGUUUAGCUCCAAAAGAUGCACAUUUAAGAAUAUCUGCACCACAAGAACGUUUAUAUUCUACAUGGAUUGGUGGUUCUAUUCUAGCUUCAUUAGAUACAUUUAAACGUAUGUGGAUAUCUAAAAGAGAAUAUGAUAGUGAAGGUGCACGUGUUCUACAUCGUAAACUUCUUUAA